AUGUCCAGUGAAUAUUGCAUUCCAGACCUGAUCGCUAAAAAGAGGGAUGGCUUUGAACUAAGCGAGGAAGAGAUACAUCAUUUCGUGAAGGCUUCUUACUCGUCGAAUGGUGCGUCUGAGAGCCAGAUCGGCGCGAUGCUCAUGGCUAUGUAUUUAAAGGGACUGAACCGGGAAGAAACGGUAAGCCUUACAAAAGCGAUGCUUUCGUCAGGCAGUUCUCUGACGUGGCCUGAAGAGUGGCAAGGAAGUGUGGCAGAUAAGCAUUCAACAGGAGGAGUGGGGGAUAAAGUGAGUUUAGCGCUCGCACCCGCGUUGGCUGUGUGUGGAGUGAAGGUGCCGAUGAUUUCUGGUCGAGGCCUUGGUCAUACUGGUAUGCUCUACUCUCUAUUUAAUUGGAAAUGAUGUUUUAACUUUAGAAUACAUCACGGUAGACUUCAUCCACGUUUGUUUUCGUUUACAUCUAAUUGAAGAUAAAACCUCCAACCGCAAACAAACCACUCAUUAUAUCCGCACGCCACUCAUUAUAUCCGAACGCCAUCAACGCAUCAGCGAUUUGUACAUAUACUAAAGGUUACCUCCCACCUUCGCGGGUAUCCUUCGGUAAAAAUUUGUACGCGUGCUAGUUUCACUAAAAUCCUAGCAAACUAUACAUUAAAAGAAACUUAAUAACUUCAGAUUACGAUAAAAAUAUAAUUUAAGCGACUUUCCUUUUAAAGAAGUUUCAGAAGCCGGUAAAGCGUGAAACGAUCGAAGGUUCUACGAUAGCGGAUAGCACAGCACGUGCAAAAUGACUACAGUCUUAUUUACAAGGCAUCAAUCAACGUAAACAUGUCUGACCCUUUUUGUUAUGCGUGUUGCGUAAAUGGAAACCCCGGGACGAAUAAUUUCCCGACACACUUUCAUUUGUCGUAAUUCCCGGAAUGUUUUGGCGAAAUUUGACGAAAAUCUGCCAAAUUUAUAUACUCUAUAAUUUCGCCCAAAGUGGUUGUAUUCCCCCCAAAAUCAGAUACGAGAUUUCAGGUCAUACAGUUUCGCAAACAACUCGCGCAACGCCAGGAGAUUAUUAUCUGGCCUCCUAAAAACCGCAAACCAAUCGGACAACGGGACCUCCUGGCGUCAAUGAAGAUGAUCAAGAUUUCCCGGGAGAGUAUCCCAUUGCAAACACGUUUUACUUUUCAGUGGAGCGUUGUGGAGGACGAUACAAUUAUGGGCAAAGUUGCUAAAGGCGAAGGCAAAACCCACGGCAAAAAUGGAAAAAACCGCGAAAUGUGCUGAGAAGUAAGACAAAGAAUCGACAGGCAGCUUUCCAAAUUACGAUUCGAGGCGAUUGAUAAUGUUUUUGUAUCAAGGCUGAUUCUUGUUUAAUAAAAAAGGGAAACCUCGUUUUUAACAUUAUGUGUGGCAAAUUUUGAUUUGACGGUGACUUCUUUGUUCGAAAUCUGGACGCCAGCGUGGAGCUACGCCAGUACUAGUCGCUUUCACAAAGGAAUUUUUUUCUUUUCUUGACAGAAUGGUACUCUUUCUUUCUUCUUCGGGCAUGUUUUUUUUUUCUUUUUUUUUUACUAAGGAGUUUCUUCGGCUUUUGAUUUUUCCAAGAGCAAAGAUCUUUCCAUAAGUAAAAAGCUUCCACGUAUGAAUUUUGUUAACAGUGCGAUGUAAACAAAAUAUGGAAAUAACAGGAAAGACGAGCCCCAAGGUGAGAGGUUGCCGCGAAGUUCCCCUAGGGGAUUCGGCCAUGUCCGAGAUUAUGACAGAUUCUUGAUUUAUUAACUUUUAUUUGAAAAUACGUUUUUCUAGAUAACUCGGGUGCUUUUAAAGAUUUCAGAAAAGUUUUUUAUGGAAACGUUAGGUUGAAUGCUUGAAUUCAUUUUUGUCAACUUUAUAUCUCCUUUAGGUGGAACUUUAGACAAGUUAGAGUCAAUACCAGGAUUUCAAGUGAAUCUAGACGCCAAGCAGAUGUGUGAUGUGCUGGCAAAAGUUGGCUGCUGUAUUGUUGGACAGACGGAGUCGGUGGUUCCUGCUGAUCGCGUUUUGUACCGUAUAAGGGAUGUUACAGCUACAGUAUCGUCAAUACCUCUGAUAUCAAGUUCUAUUAUCUCAAAGAAAGCUGCUGGUAUGCAAUGGCUGUGAUGUAUACUUGCAUCAGAAACCUUUGAAUAUUUAUAUAGCUUGUUUCUCUCUCACUGAGAAUUUGUUCUCCCCAAUCCCUUCCUCCAACCACUGAAAUAAUUUAGGUUGACCUUCUAUGUAAUAUACUUCUUUAAAAUCUCUAUGACCAUGGUGUUUGUACGAGUACUUUUAGAUCAACUGUCUAUGUUGCAAAGGUUUUGCUAUAGAAGGUGAACUCAGAUUAUCUGAACAAUAUGGAUAUUUUCAGAAAGACUUGGGGAGAAACACUUCUUUUGUGCUCUAGCCACUUCCUGGGUGCCUUAUAAAAGAACAGAGCUCAGUUGAAGCUUUUCUAUCUGUUAAUAAUAUUAGAACAGCAAUUAUGAUCACAUGAUCUAUGAUACGCUUGGUACCAUUCAUAUCAAACUUUGGUUAUGGCCAUUUGUCCUUUGGAAUGAGAUAAUUUAUCAAUCUUUUACUGGCCAUUCUAUCCUCAAAUUGGAUUCUAAAGGUGUUGACUCUCUUGCCUGGGUAUAAGGUUGGAGAAUCAGACUGGAAGAAAAUAAACUUGAUUCCAUUGUAUUACUGGUAGAAACAGGCAGAAAGGAAAAAAUGAUAUAAUGGUAUAAUGCUUGGCUUGUAAUAUGGUAGGAAAAACCAGUAUCUGAUAUGAGGCAAGGCAAUGGUCAAAAGGGAUGGGUGGCUCUUUAUCAGAAAAAGAUCACUUUGUCAGUUAUAAAGAUUUUCAUGUCAGACUUACCAUGGAACUCUGAUUGGUGGAGAGCAUACAGUCAAUAUACAAUAGAGUGUGAAGUUUAUAUGAUAACCCAAUAUUUUCAGCAGAUACUGGGUCAUCAUGUGCAGUGUUCUCAAACUUUUACAAACUCAGGGAGAAGUGUCCUCUACUGCUGAUUGUUUGAAAUUUGUAUUAUAAAAUAAUUACGAAAUGUGGUUUUCACUGGAUAUCUUGAAUUAUCAAACCUCUUGUCUGUGUUAUCUACCUUAACCUUUAGCUCAGGUAGAUAACUAAGAUCUUGGCAUUAAUAAUUCAUGAUAUCACGGUCAACCUCAUCCAAUAAUUACAUGAUACCAGUGAUAAUGUCAAAUUGACCUUUUUUUUUGUCACCUCCUAUCAGAAAACCCAUCAGCCCUUGUGCUGGAUGUAAAAGUUGGCAAAGCAGCCUUUGCAACCACGGAGGAGAGAGCUCAGGUUCUUGCUCAGACCAUGGUUGGUAUAUGCAUUGGUUUAGGCAUCAAGGCAGUGGCCCUGAUCACCACCAUGGAUGCACCAUUGGGAAAAGCUAUAGGUAACAGUGUGGAGGUUGCAGAAGCCAUCAGCUGUCUGAAUGGAAGGGGCCCUAAAGAUUUGAAAGAACUUGUGAUUGAACAAGGCAAGUAUGGUGGUAGGCUGGUAUAGUGCAGCCGUGUGUGCCAUUUAGGUUCUCGUCCUUACUCCAAAGAGAUCUUUCUCCAGGGUUUCUUGAUCAGUUUUCCUCCUCCCACCUAACUGAACCCAAUGACCUGGAAACAAUUGACAAAAGGCCUUGCCAUGAAUGUGAAGCUAGAAUUUAUUCAUAGCAACUGAAAUAUAAGUUACUGGUUUUAUGUAAACCUUAAAGCUUUCUUGACAAUUCUUUGGUAGCUUUUGGAAACUUCUAUAUAAUAUAAGCCAUUUUCAAUUUAAGACAACAUUUGAUUUCCUUCAGGUGGUUACAUACUUGAAGCUUUAAACAAAGCAGAAUCACAGAAAGCUGGUGCAAAACUCAUUGCAGAUGCACUGGAAAAUGGAAAAGCUCUUCAAAAAUUCUGUGACAUGCUGAAAGCACAGGGAGUCUCGCCAGAUUUGGCUAAAAAUCUCUGUACCCGAAAUGCAGAUCCCUUCAGUAUCUUACCCAUUGCUGCCAAAAGAUUUGACCUUGUUGUAGACAAGAGUGGAAUUGUGACUGUUAUUGAUGCUCUUGUCCUUGCAAAAGUGAGUCACAAGCUUGGUGCAGGGAGAAGUAAUGUGGCUGAUAAAGUUGAUCAUGGAGUUGGGUUUGUCCUUAAUGUGCGCGUAGGUCAAUUUGUUAGGAAGGAUGAUAGAUGGGUGACUGUGUACCACAAUGGUAACCUUUCUGAUUCUCAGAUUGCUGAAUUGAAAAGUGCCUUGGAGAUUAAUGAAAAUGGUGGCACUGCAGAUCAACCCAUAACUUCAAGAAUUAUUGAUGUCAUUGACAGCAGAAGACGAAAUUCAAUUUUUGUUGGUCAGUGAAUUACAGAAAAUUUGUGGAGAAAAUAACCUAAAUUUUUUUAAACCAGGAUUCAUGAUACAAUUGUAUUUUAUUUUUACAUUUGCUAAAAUGAUAGUGGUGUAUGUACUUGUCACUUCAUGAAGGUUUGUGUAGGAAGGUUUAAUUUUGUUAUUCUGACUGGGAAGUUUUGCAUGAUGGCAAGACUUUCAUAAGAUUUUGAUUACUUUACCAUUUCCUCUAAAGAAAAUAGUUAAAAAAUCAUUCUUGCUUAAAUUAGUGUUUAGAAUAGUAUCUUCCCAAAUAUUUGCAUCUUUCACUCCUCUGUAAUAGCAUCAUUGAUCAUCAGUAUUCACAUAAUUUGCAUCUUUCACACCAUUGUAAUAGCAUCAUUGAUCAUCAGCAUUCACACAAUUUUGUAUUCAUGAAACUCUCUCUCUCCCUCUCUACUUAAAGCAUUACUCAAGUAAAUUGUCAAAAUGGUGGAAAAUUGAAUCUACUGGUUUAUAUGCAGUUGUCGACUUGAAUAGUUUAAAGUAUUAUACCGAGAGUUACAUACUUUGCCAGAAAUACACAAUCAAAUGAAACAUCUUUGCAAACAAAUUGAAUAAUGAAUAGAGCGUACCUAAUUUAUGACAUUAUUUAGUUAUGGCUAUAAUAGUUUCAAAUAUUUGUAUGGUAUUAUGAAUGAGACUUCCUUUACUUCUUGUCAUAUCUUAAAAUGAAACAGUGAUGUCUGCUUUAAUAGCUUUAGUUUGGAACCCACAUAAUUAACAAGGAGCAAAUUCACGAUAAUUUCAAAUUUUAUUUGGUGUAAUAACUGAAAUGUACAUGAAGAGUAAUACAUGGCUGUCAACAUAGUCACUUUCAUUAUGUUAAUCAAUUUCCUUCACAAAGAUGAAAAUUUUCAAGCUUAUUUUUGGUAUAUUAUGUGAGAUAUUGCAGUUAAUAAGUUAAAAUAAUUUUCAGCAUUGUAAUUCUAAUAUUAUUGUUAUAGUUGAGUAUUGUACUAUUUGCUUUAGGGUUAAAGUGUAGCAACCCAGUAAAGUUGAAAUACAAGCUAUAUGAAAUUAAACUCAACGAUAAUUUAUAAUCUGAAAAACUUGAUAGAAGAUGAGGAACAGCAUGGAACACAAUGCCUCAACAACCAAAUAUUUAUAGGUUCUGGUAUUUUCUCCAGAAGAGAAACUUUUAUCAUCACUGAAUCAAGUACUACUUAAAGCAGAAAAGAAAUGACAGUACACAAUUUUAAAAUUAUC